CACAACGACAAAAGCUCAACAAUCGAAACCCUAAUCCCAAACCUCAGCGAAGAAGGCGGCCGGUGAGAAAUGGUGUGCAUACGGCGAGCGACGGUGGACGAUCUCCUUGCGAUGCAGGCGUGCAAUCUCAUGUGUCUUCCGGAGAACUACCAGAUGAAGUAUUACCUAUACCACAUCCUCUCAUGGCCUCAGCUCUUGUACGUCGCCGAGGACUACAAUGGCCGUAUCGUCGGCUAUGUCUUGGCGAAGAUGGAAGAAGAGAGCAACGAGUGCCAUGGCCAUAUCACUUCCCUCGCCGUGCUUCGUACCCAUAGGAAGCUCGGUCUGGCCACCAAGCUCAUGACCGCCGCUCAGGCCGCCAUGGAACAGGUUCAUGAAGCAGAGUAUGUCUCACUACAUGUGAGGAAAAGUAACAGAGCAGCGUUCAAUCUGUACACGGAGACGUUGGGGUACAAGAUUCACGAUAUAGAAGCAAAGUAUUACGCAGACGGGGAGGAUGCCUAUGACAUGCGUAAACAGCUUAAGGGGAAGCAAAACCAUCAACACGGGCAUCAUCACCAUCACCACCAUGGCGGUGGAUGUUGUUCGAAUGACGCAAAAGUUGCAGAAACUAGUCAAGCAAAAGGAGACUCGAAAGCUGAUGCUAAAGCAAGUUCAAAGUCGGAAGCCAAAACAGGAUGACCAAACAGGUAAUGCACAUUCUGUUAGUUGCCUUUGGUUUCAUGAUGCUAAUGCUUGUUGAGAAGCAAUUAUUUCGCUUUUCGUAUGAUUUCCGGUGGCAAUAAUACAUUCUGUAAUAUCAGGACAAGCUUAUCCUUUUUCUUUCCAUUUGUACUAGAUACCUGAUCAUGGUUUAUCCUGUACCUUUCCCUUCCUCUUGCUAGGGCUUGCUGAUGAAUGUGCUAUUGCAAAAUCCAUAUUGUUGUGAAGAACAAGAAUCCAAAAAUAAAAGAUUGUUUGUGUCA